AGCCCGGGGCCGCCGCCGCCGGUCGGGCUCCGCCUGGGCUCCGCGCUCGGCGCCCGGGGCACGGGGCACGGGCAGGGGCCGGGGGAGCUCGGGGCCGGGGGGAGAGGGCACCAGGGGCGAGAUGCAGGCGGCGAACGCGGACGUGCUGCUGGAUCUGGAAGAGGAGGAGGAGGAGGAGAGGAAGAGGAGGAAGAGGAGGAUGGGGAGACCGGCUGAUUUUGACAAUAAACCUGACUCCUUGUUCUUCAGCGAUGGGCAGCGAAGAAUUGACUUUGUUUUGGUGUACGAAGAUGAAACCAAAAAAAUGACUCAUAAGAGGAUUGAUCGUAAAAAGCAAAAGAGGAAGAGACAAGUAUAUGAAUCAAACCUGAUAAACAACGGCUUGCAGCUCGAAGCAACAAGAUCGGUUUUGGAUGAAAAACUUGUUUUUGUGAAAGUGCAUGCACCUUGGGAAGUGCUAUGCACAUAUGCAGAGGUUAUGCACAUCAAAUUGCCUCUGCAGCCCGAUGACCUGAAAACCCGAGAGUCAGCAUUCAACUGGUUUACUAGUCUCUUCAGAGUGGAUGAAAAUAUCAUCAAGCCUGAGCAAGAGUUUUUCACUGCCCCCUUUGAAAAGGAACAUUUGUCCAACUUUUAUAUUCAAGACAAAGACACCUUUUUCAAUCCUGCAACUAGAAGCCGAAUUGUUCAUUUCAUCCUGUCCCGUGUGGAAUAUGCAACCAAAAACAAUGUGAAGAAGUUUGGCAUUAACAAAUUACUGGACUCUGGAAUCUACAAAGCAGCAUUUCCCCUUCAUGAUUCUAGUUUUCGGCACCCAUCAACAGAUCCUGCCUGCCCAAGUGAACGAUACCUCCUCUACAGAGAAUGGGCUCACCCUAAAAACAUUUUCAAGCUGCAACCCCUGGAUUUUAUCAGGAAAUACUACGGAGAGAAAAUUGGAAUCUAUUUUGCUUGGCUGGGCUUUUACACUAAUAUGCUGAUCGUAGCUGCAUUUGUAGGAGUUGGCUGCUUUCUGUAUGGAUGCCUGACAAAAGACAACUGCACAUGGAGCCAAGAAGUAUGUGAUCCCAACAUAGGAGGUAAUAUCAUAAUGUGCCCUCAGUGUGAUAAAGUAUGUACCUACUGGAACCUCACCAGCACUUGUGAAUCAUCCAAGAAACUCUGUAUAUUUGAUAGCUUUGGAACCCUGGUGUUUGCAGUAUUUAUGGGAAUAUGGGUUACUUUGUUUUUGGAGUUUUGGAAAAGAAGGCAAGCUGAACUGGAGUAUGAAUGGGACACAGUUGAGUAUUUAGAGCAAGAAGAACAAGUUCGCCCCGAAUACGAAGCUCAAUGCACUCAUGUGGUAAUGAAUGAAAUCACACAGCAAGAAGAACAUGUGCCAUACACUGCCUGUGGGAAGUGCAUACGCAUGACUUUCUGUGCAAGUGCAGUCUUCUUCUGGAUUCUUCUGAUUAUUGCUUCGGUUAUUGGAAUCAUUGUCUACAGGCUCUCUGUUUUCCUGGUGUUUUCUGCCACUUUGUCAAGGCACAUUAAUGGCACACAAGCAAUCCACAAGUACCUGACUCCACAGACAGCCACCUCAGUAACUGCCUCACUCAUCAGCUUCGUAGUCAUUAUGGUUCUCAACAUCAUCUAUGAAAAAGUAGCAAUCCUGAUUACUGACUUCGAGCUUCCAAGGACACAGACCGAUUAUGAAAACAGUCUGACCACAAAGAUGUUCUUGUUCCAGUUUGUCAACUACUAUUCUUCAUGCUUCUACAUAGCCUUCUUUAAGGGUAAAUUUGUAGGUCACCCUGGGAAUCCUGUCUAUUGGCUAGGAAAGUAUCGCAAUGAAGAGUGUGAUCCAGGUGGAUGUCUCCUUGAACUCACAACUCAGCUUGCCAUCAUAGUAGGAGGUAAAGCAAUCUGGAACAACAUUCAAGAAGUGCUUCUUCCUUGGGUUAAGAAUUUAAUUGGAAGGUACUGUGCAGAUGCUAGAUCAGAAAAGAUCGUUCCACGCUGGGAACACGACUACCACCUGCAGCCCAUUGGAAAACUUGGAUUAUUUUAUGAGUAUCUUGAAAUGGUCAUACAGUUUGGCUUUGUCACCCUGUUUGUGGCAUCAUUCCCCUUGGCUCCCCUUCUGGCUCUUUUUAACAACAUGUUGGAAAUCCGGCUGGAUGCAUGGAAGCUGACGACCCAGUUCAGACGCAUGGUGCCACAGAAGGCACAAGACAUCGGCGCGUGGCAGCCCAUCAUGCAAGGCAUAGCCAUCCUGGCCGUGGUGACCAACGCCAUGAUAAUUGCUUUUACAUCUGACAUGAUUCCUCGCCUGGUUUAUUACUGGUCCUUCUCAGUCCCUCCUUAUGGGAGUCACAGCAGUCACACUAUGAAAGGAUAUAUAAACAACACACUCUCUGUCUUCAAUAUAUCAGACUUCAGGAAUGCAAGCAAGCCAUCUUCCCCUUGGUUUGGGAACCAAACAACAUGCAGAUACCGCGAUUUCCGCUACCCUCCUGGUCACCAGCAUCAAUAUGAGCAUAACAUAUACUACUGGCACGUCAUCGCAGCCAAGCUGGCUUUCAUCAUUGUCAUGGAGCAUGUCAUAUACUUUGUGAAGUUUAUUAUUUCAUACAUAAUCCCGGAUGUAUCACAGAAGACCAAGAGCAAGGUCAAGCGAGAAAAAUACCUAACGCAGAAACUCUUGCAUGAGAACGAUCUUAAAGUUGUGAAAAAAACCAUGGGGAAAAUUGCUGACAAAAUUAUCAAAGGAGUAGACAGCACUUUCCGACCUAAGUCUGAAUAAGUAUUUUUUUAUAUGGAGUAACAGUAUUUAGCCAGCUAACACCUGUCCAGAUGUUACCAAUAGUUAACCAAACACUUUGGAUUAAUUCCCUUUACUAAACGUUGUUUCUUGCAACUGUCACAUGCUCCUUAUCUGUUUCCCUUUGGCAAAAGCAACCACUGAGACUUGGUUUACAGUUACCAAUUUUUUAAAACAGCUUUAUUAAGAUAUAUUUUUUAACACAUGAAGGUAAAAAAUAUUUAUAAUCUUAAAACAAUGCAGAUUAAUUCUCAAAUACAUAGAAUGCUUUCCACUUUAUUUAGGCGUAGGCUAUUAAAUCUGUUGUUCAACUUGAAUAAAACCUUAUGAACAAGAAUAAUUUGUUGUAAGAACACCACCACUUCCUCUGAAGGAGUUUUGAUGACUUGACAAUGCAGACCCCAGCUAUAAAAUGAAAUGGAAAAGCCAAAACAUGAAGGCAAGAGAAGGAAAAGACAACACAAAAUCAUGUUGUUAAACUAUUGCAAUUGACGUACUAAGCACUGUUGUGUGUUACACUGAAUUAGGUGUACAUACUGAGACUUAAAUGGAUAACAAGAUAUUUCAAUUAAUCAUGGGCUUGGAUCACAAGGAGCAGCAGGACUGUAAGCCCAUCUUGUUCAUCAAUCUCUGUGUAAACAGGAGAACUGCCUUUGCAAUCAAUGCAUACAAACUGACUUUACAGCACUCGGAGUGAGAGGAAAACUCAGACAUUUUAUCUUUCCCUGGUCAAUGUACUUUCAUUAGCUCACUUGGCCAUUCUGUUCUGAAUGAACACAGCCUUGAAGGUCUCCCACCUGUAACAGUAAUGAGUGUUAAAAUUCUUUUCACAUACUAAAUCAAUAUUUGCUGAGGGCUGUAUUUUGCAUUUCUCCCACACCAGAGGCACCAUUCUUUUCCCUGAUAGAUUUUGACAUAGGAAGAAUGCACAGCUGGACCUGUUGUGGUACAACACUGCAUGAUAAAUUGAAUUUGGACUAGACCAUGAAUCUAUUGAAACUGAAGAUCGGAAUAAACAAUUUAAUAUGCCUUAACCGUGUUAUGAAACUUUAAACAACUAGGAAGAUGUUACAAGUGUGGACGAAUUUGUUGGAGCUAUCAGUCAUCUUGAAAUUAGGCUGCAGAUCUGCUUGGCAAUUUUGGCUCCAGUUGUAACCUGGGAGUUAGGAAACUACAGGGUAAGCAUGUAUGUAGGGCUCCACUUUGUGUCUGCAGCAACGAUGUUCCAUUUUAUUAAAUUGCUUUCUCUUUUAAUGGUUCUAGUGGACCAAUUCCUAUGAAAUCUGAAAACCAAAAUCUUGUUAAAAAGGCAAAAGUAUGCCUGCACUCCCUAAACCGCAUGAUUACUGUUGGGUUUGUAAUUUUAUACUCUUAAAUGUAAUUCAUAUGUGCAAUUCUUAGGAAGAUUAUUUGUAUGGCUUUUUCAAUAUAAAGAAGUUUGUUUGCAGAAACUAAGUAGCAUUAAUAAGAUAUAUUUUAUCCUCGUAAUAAUCGGAAGGAAUCAUUUGAAUUUUGUAGAAAAACUUCAAAAUACUACUCUGUGUACCUCAAGCCUAUCCUUUGGAAUGGCAACAUUUAAACCAGAAGAGGCAGUACAUAGCGGAGUUCUUUCAGCAGUUGUGAUACACAAGCUUUCACUUAGUAUGACUAUGCAGAAUGAUUGCAUAGGAGAGAGGAACAUGAGAGGAAAGCUUGGUUCAAAAAUUGCAAUAAGGUUGGAAGAUGGAAGACAAAAGCUUGGAGGUUCCAGAGAACACAUUUCUGGCAUUGAAGAACUGGAGCUUGCUUAUUAUAAUGCCCAGAAAACUUGUUGUAAACAUCACCUGAAGACACCUGAAGAUGAAAAAGACAAAAGACUCAGGACACAACAGUAAGAUAGACCAUUACUCUAAGUGACUGUGUACCAGAGCAGUGAUAGAACUAGUGCUUCUUUCAACAGGAAAUUCUACUCUUGCCAUCUCUUUUUGUUUCCAGUCAGAAUCAUAAAACGUCUUUAAACUUACAAGGAAUCAAACAGAAAUUUGGCAAAUGGAUAGGCAUGUACUCAGAGGCUUCUAAACAAGACAGAAUAUUUUAUCAAAAUGUAUCACCCCAAUACUGAUUUGAGCUUUUCACAGAGCCCACCUGCCCCAGCCCCUGCCCAAGCAGGGACACCCAGAGCAGGCUGCCCAGGGCCACGUCCAGGUGGCUUUUGGAGAUCCCCCAGCAGGAGACCCCACAACCUCUCUGUGCAGCCUGUGCCAGGGCUCAGGCACCGGCACAGUAAAACAGUUUUUUCUUAUGUUCAAAUUACAUUUCUUGUGUUUCAGCAUGUGCCUCUUGCCUCUUGCCCUGUCGCUGGGCAGUAUAAUGAAAUACUCAGGGUUUUCCUGUGCUAUAUGAGUUUGUUUAGAAAGGCCAGUCAGCUCUGUGCAAGCUUGGAGCUUCUGAUUUUGGCUUUGGGCUGGCAUCUCCCUGUCAACAGUAGUGUUCAGCUGAGAGAUGCCAUUUUCAUCUCCCCAUCGGGGAUCACAGUUUCAAAGUGCCUUAAACACCCUCUCAGGUGCAGUGUUGGAGGACAAGGGCAAACAAGGAGGUAUCCCGUGAUAAAGGAAAAAAAAUAAAAAUAAAAUGUCAUGAAAUGGGCCAUUUCAGAUAAUUGUUUGAUCUUAAGGAAACUUUGAUUGCCUGCUUUGACAGCUGAAGAGACAGGGAGACAAAAGAAUUAAGUGUCUUGCCUGGGGUCACACUGAACAGUGGCAGAGUUUAAGACUGGUUUUCUGGUCCUUUUCUUGUCCUUGAGGCCUCUCUCAAUUGUCACUUUUCAUCACGCAUUUCCUGAAGGGGGAGUUGGUCCUCAACAUCACUGAGAGUUUAUAUUCCAGCCUUUAAAAUAAUUAUUAAAAAAUAAAUAAAUAAAUAGCAUGCUACCCCAGCAAAGUAUGUGCUCCUCUUGUAAUAAAUUCCUAACCACCUAGAAUUACAGAAUGAGAGAAUAUCCUGAGUUGGAAGGGACCCUCAAGGAUCAUCAAAUCCAACCCCUGGCCACAACCAAAAUUCAGACCAUAUUUCUGACAGCAUUGUCCAAACACUUCUUUAACUCCAGCAGGCUCAGUGUCAUGACAUGGAUAUCCUUGGGUGGGUUUCUACAUUACCAUUUUGUUCAGCUCAGGAGUUUGAAACUCGUCUUCCACUUGUCCCCACUUUCUGGGUGGUGAUUCACAUCUGGUCUUGGAGCUCAUGAACCAGAUUCCUUUUGUCUUAAACCAAACCAGAAGACAGGUCUUAGAUAUGCCCAUCAUGGUCUCUGGUAGGCAUUUUGGGUCUGAAGAGAACUGUGAGUACUUGGUGGGCAUCAGCUUCAGCUGAUGUCAGUGUCAGCUUUUUGCUCUGUGUUUUGCUUCCCAAGUGCCAUGCUACUUGCUAACAUAGCCAUAACAUUCACUUUCAGAAAGCAUUAUAUCAGGAAUUUAGUUUGUUUUGCCAUGUGCAGUGUUAAUCUCAGCACAGUGCCCAAACCUCUAAAGCUGUGCAAUGUACAUAGCCUCUACCUCCAUCUGCUGAAACGUGCACUGCCAGUACACAGCGAGACAUAGGAAUUAAAUGCUUCAGGGGGGUGGGGUCAGCUGCCAACUUAAUUGUAUUUGUAACUUUUUUCAAGACUGGGUCACUUUAAUAAUGUUUGAAGAUCUGUUUGAAGGGAAAAUUAACAUUACUUUUAACAUAUUAAUCAAUUUUACUCUUUUUACACUUUGUAAGUAGGCCAGACUCUUACCUUGUACAGAUGAAUCCGUGUCAGUGACCAUUUCAUUGCCUUAAAGUAAGAUGUGAGCACCACAAAUUGCAGACCACCGCCACUGUUUUAGAUUCUUUGUAUGUUGAAAAAAUUCAGAAUGUAAGAAUGUAUUUUUUGUAUUUUUUCUAAGAAUGUUUGCUAUUAGUUUCUGAACAUUAAGAUCUCUUUAUAUUUAUUGUUAUUAAAUAAAGUCUAUUUUAAAAGGAUAA